CCGCACCGACACCCCGGUUCCCCGGCCGCCCCGCCCUGUGCCGGCAGAGAGACCGGUCCGCGCUUCCGUAGCCCCGGCCGGUGAGGCCCCGCUCCCGCCCUCUGGCCGCCAUCAGCUCCGCCGGGUGCCGGCGCUGACGAGGCCGCCGGGACGAUGACUUUCCAGUGGACGGCAGUGGCUGCCUUCCUGUAUGGCGAAAUCGGAGUAAUUCUCGUGCUCUGCCUGCCUUUCAUUUCUCCGCUGAGAUGGCAGAAGAUUUUUAUGUUUCCUCUAUGGAGCAAAAUGGCAGUAUUUUGGAACAAGAUGUUCCUUACAAUAAUAGUUUUGUUGAUCGUCUUGUUUCUUGAUGCUGUUAGAGAAGUCAGGAAAUACUCAUCUGUUCAUGUGAAUGAAAAGGCUGCAAAUGUCAACAGCAGUGCCUUUGAUCAUAUUCAGAUGAAACUCUUUCGGUCUCAAAGAAACCUGUAUCUCUCAGGUUUUUCCUUAUUUCUUUGGCUUGUAUUGAGACGUACUGUUACCCUUCUCACUCAGCUGGCAAAAGAGAUGGCAUCACAUGCAGCUCUGGAAACACAAGUAAAUGAUGCUACUGAAGCAGCCAAAAAAUACAUGGCCGAGAACGAAAGGCUGCAGGAGGCCUUGAGUGGAAAAGGAGAUAGUAAAAAGAAAGAGUCAACAGAUGCAACUGAGGAGAAAUUGAAGGAGGAAAUUGAACGCUUGAAAGCAGAGCUACAGAAGACAUCAAAUGCUUUCCAUAAGGCAAAAACUGAAGGGGCUGCAGUUAAAAAGCAGUCUGAAAGCCUUAGAAGAGAAUAUGACCAUCUGAUGAAGGAAUUUGAACAGCUUCAGCAACGUUUAAAUAAAGCAGAAGAUAAGAAAGACCUGUAAGCACAUCUGGGAUGGAUGGCAUCGCUACAGUUGCUUGAAUGAGAAAAGGCUUGUGCUGUUGAUGUUCCUGAUGCAUACCUGAAACAAAACUUGAUUUUUCUGAAAAGCACAUGCAUUGCAGGUCACUAUUCAGAUUCCUCUAAUAUAUCGGUUGCCAAAAUGUUCUGUGUUGCAAAUAAAAUGUUAAGUGGCUUACCGGAUUUACCAUGGAGUUUGUCACUGCUCUCGUGAGGAGAAACUCAAAAAUCUUUCAACUCCACCUGGAGCAACCUGUUUACCAAGCUUUUUCCUCCAUAAUGGUAACAGAUCACCAUGGCUUGUAGCAUUUGAGUGGGGUUGUAUAUCACACUAGACCAUAAAAACAAUUCUUAAACCUCUUUGCAGCACCUGCUUGGAAUCUUAGAAAUUCAGUUCCCAGUGGGUUGAAGAAGGCUGAAAACUUAUUUAUCAGUGGAAAACUGAAUGACAGUCAGUCUAAGGAAAAUAAAGAAAGAAACAUUGCCUUUGCAAAUCCACCUCACUAGCUUGUGACUUUCGCUUCAGCCACAUGGAUUUGAGUGUAUUUUAACAAACAAUAUUUUGCAUGCCUCUGGUUUAUUUUUCUUUAAUAUAUUGGGAUAUUUCAUUUUUGGGUUGGCUGGUAUUAGAAGUCUUUAUUUUUACACUGUUUACAUUGGUUUACUCCUUAUGUACCACCUAACUUCUUUAGCUCUCUAAGUAAAAAUCUUUUUAAAUGUAGAUAGUUUGGUUUGUUUUGUUUUGUUUUCAUGGAUACGAUACCUCAAAUAAAUGUGCACUGUUUUGCAUAAGACCUUUUUGGUAUUCAGAAAGUUGUUUUGAGCUUAUUUGUUAGUUGGUUCCAGUUUAUAUUUGAAAGUUUGAUAUGUUUGUUAUAUUAAAGGGAUUGUUUAAGUUCA